GCGGUCCGUCUCGUAAAUAAGACGUCAUGAGAGUUGUCUUAAACGACCAGCGGCACAGGCUUUAAUAACACGCGGAAGGACAUUUAUUUCUUAUGAUCAGUGGUGUUUGAUUCAUUUUCUUCCAGCAAAACAGGAGCUUUUUUCAGGGUCAAAAUGGCACUGGCAGCUGCAUGCAGAAGGUCAGUCAUAAGGUCUGUCAAAUCCACUCUUUUGUGCUCUUUUAGGAACACCUACCAGUUGUUUUCAACAAAUGACACUGUUCUAGCUGACCCGGAGAAACCCCGGUCAAAGAAGCGAUGGAAAAAAGGUCAAAGGAAACCUCCCGAUGUAAAUAAUCUGUCCUGGGAGGAGAGGCUGGCUGACGUGGUCACUCCUCUGUGUAGGCUGAGUUAUGAUGAACAACUUGAGGUCAAGCAAAACCGUCAGGAGAAGAUACUUUCUCAGUUCAAAGAACAUCUUUCACACGAAGGUAAACUCAACUUUCCCAUCCUGCCUAUUCUUCCAUCACCAGUUAGAGACGGCUACCGCAACAAGUCUACAUUUUCUGUCAAUAGAGGGGUGGAUGGAAAUCCAAAGACCGUUGGAUAUUAUGUGGGCACAGGCAGGCAGGGGGACAUUGUCUGCGUCAAUGGAGACCACCUGCUCAACAUGCCAGAGAAGCACAAACUAGUUGCCAGAUGCUAUCAGGACUUCCUCCGUCUCUCGUCACUGGAGCCCUGCCUGCUUUUCCACACUGGGGGUCACUGGAGAGAGGUCACAGUGAGGACCAAUGCAGAGGGCCACACCAUGGCUAUAGUGUACUUUCAUCCACAGACACUCACUCCAGAAGAGGUGGCAGUCCAUAAGGCCGACCUGGUGCACUACUUCAUAAAAGGCCCGGGUUCAGUAUGUCAGCUGGACUCACUGUUCUUCCAGGAGAGCACAAUGACUCGCUGCACCCACGAGGAAUCCCCCUACCAGCUCCUGCAUGGCGAGCCACACAUGUAUGAGGAGGUCCUGGGCUUCAAGUUCCGCAUCUCAGCCGAUGCCUUUUUUCAGGUGAACCGGACAGCUGCUGAGGUGCUGUAUGGCAUAGUCAGAGACCUGUGUGUCCCCACCACUGAGCAAGAUGGAGGACGAGCAAAAAAUGGCGGUACUCUCCUAGAUGUGUGCUGUGGGACAGGCGCCAUUGGCAUCACUACAUCUCCCAGAGUGGACAGAGUUAUCGGUAUAGAGCUCAUAGAGCAGGCGGUGGAAGAUGCUAAACACAACGCAUCUCUCAAUAAUGUGCUGAACUGCGAGUUUAUCCCUGGGAAGGCGGAGGUUGUUCUUCCUGGUGUCAUGUCUCAACUAAGCUCUGCAGGAGGAAGCCUUACAGCUGUGGUAAACCCUGCUCGAGCUGGUCUUCACCACAGAGUGGUCCGAGCUUUACGAAACCAACACGCUAUCCGCAGGCUGGUCUAUGUUUCUUGUAAGCCAGAUGGAGAAGCUAUGAGGAACUUCAAGGAGCUUUGUUGUGCUCCUGACCCGCAGAAGAAACUCACAGGAGAGGCAUUUUCUCCCACUCUGGCUGUGCCUGUAGAUUUGUUCCCACAUACUCCACACUGUGAACUGGUGCUGCUCUUUGAGAGGUGACCUGAAGGAGAGCUUAAAACCUUCAACAACAACUCUGGUUGGAUCCGAAAGCUGGCAGGAAGUUGAAUAAUGGUGUAUGCUAAAUGAAAGCAUACACCAACACUUUUGUAACCAAUGUGAUAGGGUUUCAACACAUUGUUGUUGUGAUUAAGAAUUAAUAUGUCAGUUCUUAUUUAUUAAAUAAAAUAAAUAAAAAUGUAAUUUCACCAAAAGUCAGAUGGUGGUUUACUCUGACAGAUCAUGCCAUACUAAUGAAUACUGUGAUCACUUUCCUUUCAUUUGCAAUAAAAGCUAAUCUUUUGCUCCAAGA